CAACGCAUCAUGAACACCGGCAAUGGAGGCAGAGGAGUUACGGUGUAUUAAUUCAAAGCCGCAUGAAAACAACAGGACUAAUGGAGCAUUAAGUGGAACAUCUCCUAUCCCACAAGAUGAGAUAGAUCUUGCAGCUACGAGAAGGACUGAUCCCGAUGGAGCAACCCCUCAAAAACGAGUGCAUUGGUUUUGGGACAUUGUUGCUUUGGGCUCGGUUUUGACAUUUAUUGCAGACAUUGCCUCCGACCUAUUUGUCGCAGCUCUGUAUUUUCAAAAUGGACAAUACUCGUGGUUUGGUUUCACUCUUUCUUUUGUAUUCUUGUCCUCAUUCACGUUACAAAUUUUCUCAGCAAAAUGGUUUCACGAAGACCAAAGAAAAGAAAGCUGCUGGACAUACUUAUUGCACUUUCUUCACAUUGGACCAGUGUUGAGGUACUGGAGAGCAUUUCGCAGUGGAUGGAGAACAAGAAAAAGAAAUGUUGCAGACAAUGAGUACAUGCAUUUUCUUGAAGAAUGGCGAGACAUUUGUAUGUUACGGCUAUUUGAAGCAUAUCUAGAGUCGGCUCCUCAGCUGGUUUUACAACUCUAUAUUCUUGCUUAUCACCGCCGUGUCAAAACAGAGAGUGAUAUACGAACUGCCGUCACUGCAGCAUGUUCACUUGUGUCUUUAGCAUGGUCAGUUGUUGCUUACACAAGUGCAUUGCGUGAUGUCAUGCAAAGUAAGAUUUCGUGGACUGGUUUAUUCUUUCAAAUCAUGUGGAGAUUCUUCAUGCUUGCAUCUCGGAUCAUUGCAUUUGUCCUGUUUGCCUCAGUUUACAGUGUAUGGUUAUUUGUUGCCAUUGGUAUUCACUGGCUUGUGAUGUUCUUGUUCCUAGUUACGCAGUAUUCUACAUUUUGUUCUGAUAGUGAUGGUAAUGUUUAUCCUUGCCGAGAAGUAUUCUACAAUGGUAUCAUUGCUUUUGUUUACAAUUUUUCCUUCUUCAACAUCACCGAAGGCUCAACAAGAAUUAAAUUGAUUUUAUAUUAUACACUUAAUGUUAUGGAAGGCACUGUCUUUGUUGCAUUAUGGUACCCUUAUCGUGGUUUAUUUGGAGACGUAUCAUAUGCAGCAAUUAGUUUAGUAUUUGGUGGAUUUGUAGCUGGAAUUGUGUUCAUGAUAGUCUACUAUCAGUUCUAUCAUCCAAAUAUUAGCCAAAAAGGGUUUUGUUUUAAAAAAGGAGAACAGAUUCGCUUUGAAGAUAACAAUUCGUACAAGUUUACAAAGUUUUGGUGUUGCUGUUGUGAGGUGCAAGCUAUCAGAAACAUGCAAUCAUGGGACARUGAAAAUGAGGCAGUGAGGAGAAUACCAAAUUCAAAUGGAAGUCUACCUCGAACUGURAGUGAUAACAAUGCAAGUCUUUUGAAUUUAGACAUUAUACCUCGGCAUGUGUCCCUUGAACGCAUUCCUCCUUUGCUGCUCUCCCCUUCUGACGCAUAUUAUCUAAAAAACCGUGGAAGGGUGGAAGUAAGAAUGGAAGAACAAGAACCCAUGUGGAUUUGAAGACAUUAAUUUGAGCAAGUCGUUUUAAAACAGUUAAUAUACAAUCAGCAAGGUACAAUAUGUAAUAAGCACCAUCUUAUUUGGUAGCAUUAUUUGAAAAAAAAUAUUUCAUAAUUUGAUGCCAUACCUCAUGUGUUGAGAUAAACAAGAAUAUUUUUUUCACUUUACUGCUCUUAGUUUUUUUCAAUUUCCAGUUCUUAUUUACUCAACCAUAUUGAGCUUUGCUCUUAAACUGUGAAUGCAAGAUUAUGUACAAUCAACUAUAGAUUUUUUGCAAUACUUUUUUAAAUAGGAAAAACAACAAAGUAAUAUAUGAAUAAAUUAUUAGUGGAAAUUAACUUUAUUUUAGGGAAUUGUUUGGGAAUAUUUAGACUUACAAUAGUAGUAUUUAAUCUUAUUUUAUGAAAAAGAGAUUUUUCCAGUAUUUGUAGUGGUUCAGGACUUUCCUUUUAAUAUAAGAUUUUAACUUGUGGUACAGUUGUAAUUGCCCUAUUUCAUUAUGACGUCACAGUAUGUUUACAUCGGAAAACGAUGCUCAAAAACAGUGGAAAUUUGGACCCAUUUAUAUUUUCUACUUAAGUAGAACCUCAAUGAAUUGCGUUUUGAUAUAUAUCAUGUAUAAUUGAUUGUUUAUGUACAU